UGGAUAUCGGACGGGCGGACGGUUUGGAUAUCGUUUGUUUUUUGAUGGAUGAUGUACUUAAGCAGUUGGAAGAUGCAGCUACUGCACAACUGCUGUCGGUAAAGUCGGAAGAUCGCAAACGAGCAGAAGAGAAGAUUUUACAGUUCCGUUCAUGCUCUGAGCCUUACGAAAUCUGCACUGUUAUUUUAACUCGUUCAAAUAAUGAUUGUCUGCUAUAUGAAGCUGGUCGAUGUCUGUCCCAUGCAGUGGUUAGAGAAUGGAAUUCUGUUUUCGCUUCGUCAUUUGAAAGUGUAGACGGCUGUAAAGCACUGCAGCUUCUAACUUUCAUCUUGGAAUGGUCACAAAGUCGUGGAUUCGAGUGCGGUCCUGCUGCUCGUCAGCGAAUUUUAAGCGCUGCUGGAGCACUCGUUAAAAGAGCUUCAGCAGCCCAUGCCGAAAAACUUGCGGCUGCCUGGAGAUCUACAAAGGUUGAUGAAAAUGUCAUUCAUACAACUAGCCUAGGAUCUCGAAUACUUACCACACCACCAGAUGAUCCAGGACCUGCUUGUUGGUUAUUGAUUAAGUUGAUUGAACACAUCGAAGAGUUAAUCCAGCCGCUUACACAAUCAGACUUAUCUGGCAUAAAUAACGAUCAAGAACCUAUUUUUAAACGAGGAUUAUUAGGUCUGUUUAUAUUGUCUGCAUUAUUGGAUGAAUUUUCCUACUCCGAAGACAGUGCACAGUUGAAUAUGCCAUUGGAAGCACAUGUUUUCCUUCGAGCUAGAUUUCAGGACUAUGAACUAGUACGAUUAUUUAAAAAUUUACUUUGCUUAGCAAAUCAACUGUUAGUUUAUUGGUCAUCACUGGACUGUUCAGCAUUAAGUCAAGGACAAAGUGAAGUUGUAUUCAGAGUAAUAAGUUGCCUGGAUAUGAUUACAGGUUGGGAUUUCUUACCACGUGAACUUAUUCGUUUUCAUGCCAGUCAAUUAAGACGUUCUGAUCAAGAAGCUCGUUUUCGUCCUAGUGACAAAUGGAGUGAUACGAUGGGAACAGAUGCCUUUCCGAGAACUUUAUUACUAUUUAUUAAAUUACACACAUGGGUUCGCGGUUCAGAUCUGCUUGGUGCACGAACAUUGUCAUGUUUAGUUCGAUUCUCUUUAAUGUCUGGCCCUCUGAUUUAUCCGAUUUCUUCAUUAACUUGUAUAAAUAAUAAUUCAUCUUACCACAAUGGAAUUUCUUCAUCAAAUUAUAAUGAAAAUCAAUCACUGGGUUCACCAAGUACAAUGCAUUACCUAAUACUGAUUGAAAAUUUAAAUUGUUGGUUAGGAAAAGAAAUACCUAUGGAUGAUCCCAUACAACUAUCAUUCGAGUCGCUCACAGAUCAAAUACCAGGAAUACGUAAUGAAAUAUCUAAUCGAAUAGCAGAUAGUCGUUCAAUUCCAAGUAUAACAUUAGAAAAUUUAUUACCAUAUGAGUUAUCUAUCUUAUCUGAAUUCAUUCUUAAUUUAAUGUUGAAUAGUUCACGUGCAUGGGAACCUGUUGAACGAGUUUUAUCAUUGCCUAAAUUCAGCUCACAAGAAUCAUUAUCCAGUGAAAUAUGCCAGUCUAUGUUUCAUAUUGGUUUAAUUAGUUUAUGGGUGAUGGAUAAAUUCUUUGCUUUUCUUUCUUCCCUAUUAAUACAGUGUAUACGAAUACAGACAGAAUGUUCCACAGAUGGAGAUGAUAAUGGUCAGUUAGCUCAUGAAGCUGUUGAACGUCUAUUCAACUGUUGGAGUGAUCUUCUUGAUUUAAUCCCAUCAUCGUUAAGUGAACAGGCACGAUCUCAAAAAAAUCACAAUCUAACAACAAUUGGUUCUACUGAUGAAGAUAAUUCACCGUUGCCUUUAACUACUGGACAAGUACAAAACUCUGACCAGUUGGCUCAGAAAAUGAAAAAGCUGCUUGGAUUGUUAAGAAGUAGUAAUUCAUCACGACAAUCACAAUUAUUCCAAUUUUUCCUUGCAUCCAAAAUGGCUCAACCGGUUGGUUUACGUCGAACUUGCAGUCAUGAUAAUAAUGAAGAGAUAGAUCUUGAAUUGGAUGAAGAUGAUAUGACUUCUUCAGAGGAUAGUUUAUUCGCUGUAGGAUCUUGUGGUUUAUCUACUCCUGAAGAAUCAGUCACUACACUUGUUCGUUUAAUAAAUGAACGUGUUACCCAAUUGAUUCAGUUACAAAGCUGUGAAUCUUUAAAAUCAUUUGAUUUAUUCGAAGAUAUUCAUUGGUUAUUAUUGAUUAGUGGACAUUUUCUUGUCUCUGGUCCUGCAUCACUAACAAGUGUUCUACGAAUGGGUUCUCCAUGGGAUACACAAUUCUCAAUACCUCAUCAAAUUUUAUAUCUUGGUUCUAAUGAUACAGUUGAUGUGAUAAACGGUCGUCGUUUAAUAUUAAUGUCUAUUGCACAAUGUCCUGAUAUGAAUAGUAGUUGGCCUCCAGACAAUUUACCAUAUACACAUAUUCCUUCUUUAAUAAUUUUAUUAUGUUCUCUCUUCCGUCUAUUAUGGUUACAAGCUGCUUAUGGUGUUGGGAGUGCUCAAUUGGUUACGGAUAAUUUUUGGUUAAUGACACGUUUAGCUGUCACAUAUUUCUGCCAUAAUGUAGUCGAUCGGGAUACAUUAAUGUCUAAUAUUUCUCGAUCACCGAUCAUGACAAUACUUCAAGCUGAAUCUGUUCACCCAUUACCAGCACAUCAAGGUGUAUUUUUGUCAAAUAAAACAUAUAACGGAGAAAAUCAACUUUCAGAGAGAAAAGAAAAUCUAUUGCCAGAAAGUUGUAAUGAUAUAAAUCGAGUUUGUAUUCAAGGUUUAUUAAUGUGUGUACGUUUAGCAUUAGAUAAAUGGUCACACGAACCCCAAGCACUAAGUUCACUAACGCGACUAUUGAGUGUGCUCAGUAUGCAUUCACCUAAUUCAUCAUCUGAUUUAGCUUGUUCCGCGUGGUAUGACAUAUGUACGCUUGUUGCUGGUCCUCAGGCUUCAGAACACACAUGGCCUAAUUUGUCGACAGAUAGUUUAAUUCAGUUAGUUGAAGCCUGUUUAUGCGGUAGUUGGGCAAUUGAUAAAACAAAACUAUCAUCAUCGGCAUUAGUUCAGCAGCAGCAUCAAAGUAAUGAAGAUGUCUCCGAUACUUUGCUGCUUCAGCUUAUCCGCGAGAUUCGAGAACAUGUUCUUCGUGUAAUCAAUGUUCUUACCCAUGAUGAAGCGUCUUUCAGUUCACUUCAAGAUUCUACAGCCACUAAUAUGUUGGUUAAUUGUACAGCUGUUUUAAGAGGUGUUUCACGUGCUGUAGGAUCAAUAGCAACAAACAGUAACUCAACUACCGAUUUAGUUUCAUUAGUUUGGAAUGGUCUUUUAGGUCCAUUCUUAUCACAUAGUGCAAAUUAUUUAGUGUUGAAAUGUCAUAAUCACUCAGAAGCUUUACAAUCAUUAUUCUCUUUAUUCACUGAUGUUGCUGAUUCUUGUCUAAUUUAUUUGGCCGGUCUACCAUCAUCAUCAUCAUUUUCAGAUUCAUUAUUGAAUAAUGAUUCUACAGUUGUACAAUCAUCAUUGGAAACAAAUAAUGAAACUAGAAAUGGUUGUGCUACUCCAUAUGCUUCUGGUUCAUUUUUAAAUUGGACAGUUGUUCUAUGCAAACAUUAUACUAAAAUUACACAAGGUAAAUUAAAUUUUGAAGCGACAGCUGAAGAUGAUCAAAUUCAAGAACUUCAACUAUUACUUAUUCUCCUAAAUCGUGUUCUUUAUCAUGAAUUUGAAUUAAGGCUUAGUGGUGCUAUAGUUUUAUCUCGGGUUGAUAAUGAACUAGUUAUUCAACCAGAUUCUAUGAAUUCUCAAGAUGCAACAUGUAGUACUAUUCCGACAGUUGAUGCAGCCGUUAUUGGUUUAGGACAUUUAUUACCGUUAAUAACAGAAUCUAAUUUAACAAUCCCAGAAUUAUGUCAAGCAUUUUAUUCGUUAGCCUCUUAUGCAUGUGAAUUACGUCCUCAGGGAUUCAUCCGACUUACAGACAAUCAACUUACAUCUUUUGGUCGUCUUCUUCGAUUUGGAAUAUUUGGUGUAGAAUUUGAUCAAUCAAAUCACAUUAAAUCUUCAUCUGCCUCACGAUCUGCAUCAUGUUCAGCAGGAUGUGUUGACAAUUCAGUGGUUCAGCAAUGUUUGGAUAUUAUAAUUUCAUUGACUGAUCAUUUUUUGGAGAUUAGAUCACGUUCUCGUUCUUGUCCUGUAGAAGAGCUUCAAAAUGCUAUUCGUUUGAUCAAUGUUAUCGGUUUGAAUACACAAUUCCUGUCUGACUUAUUCACAUUACUAACAAGAGAAAGUUAUUCGGUCAACUUAGAAGCAUCAUUUUCAUCUGCACUCCUCAAUUUAAUUCAUUUAAGUCCGGCUUCAUCUGAUCGAUUGUUCACACUUACUCUGUAACAGAAAGAAGACAAUAAGAACAUUAGAUCAUUGUGAAGAUUGUCUACUAACUACUAUCUCACAAUAAAAUUAUUCCACUGUAUUAUUCUGAACAGUCAAAAUGUUUACUUAUUGGAGUAUUGAAGUAUGUUGAUAUUUUAUUACCUAUGUUGCUGUUGUUGUCAUUGGUUUAGGACAUGAACAAAAUUGAAAUAUGACUGACAGAUUUCAGCUAUUCAACCAACUAGUUGGAUAAUUAAAUUAGUUUGAUGAGUCGUUUAAAUUCAAUGUGAGUGAAUAAUUAGACUUAAACGAUCCACAUUUAGUGUCAUAUUGGUUUAUUCUGUUUCUAAAGUUGAUAUGAGCGUUAGACUAGUAAUUUCUUUUGGGCAUUUUGUGUUGUUUGGUUAUUCUUAUUGUGACUUUUAAUUUGAAUCAGUGAUAGCAGUAGAUCAAUAUAUUUGUUAUUGUCAAUUGUUGUCAGCUCGUUAUAUCUCAGUUUGCUUGUUAAGUCUGUUUCACGUUCUCUGACCUCAUUCACUUCCCUUCGACUCUUUCGUGUAUUGUUUUAUACUACUUAUUGAUAUUCAGUAAAUAAUUGUAUUCCUAGCAAUUUCUAUGCGUAUGUUGUAAAACAAGUUUAUCCUGAUAUAUUCUGAAAUAUUUACAUAUACUUAUAACAUUUAUUGUAUUUAUCAUUAGAAUUAUUUCACCUCAGUCAUUGUAACAGUUACUCUCAAUUUUGUGCAAUCGUUUAAACCUUGUUUAAAAGCAACUGUUUUCAUAUUGCUUGUUGAUAGACCGUUAUCAAGUUUAGACACAGCCAACGGCUGUCAUUUUUGCUCUACCAAAGCCUUUCUUAUUUCAGUCAAAAGGACGUCGUAAACGCCACAGACACUUCACAAAUUGAUGUUUGUAACUAAUGUUUGUAGUAUUAUUUAAUAAAGAACAGCUAUUUUAGACAAAUCGCUGCUUUGCGAACUUCGAUUUUGUGCAUAUCUCAAUUAAAUUAUUUAAACGCUUCGAUAGACUUAGCAGUGAUGUUUAUAUAAACUAAUGAUUCUGUGUACUUGAUUUGUGCCUGAUUUCGAUUUCUAAAUACAAUACGUUUGUUUGUG